CUGGCAGCAUUUAGACAACUAGCUGUUCUCAGUAUUCCUCAGUGUGUUGGUAUAUGCAAUAAGAAUGACGAAGAUCACGAAGGAACUGCUGCUACGGAAAGGAAAUCCACAAUGUGCUACACUUGGAGAAGUUAAAAAGAUAAACCUUUCCAAGCUACAAUUGAAAACAGAGGAUUUAGAUCCAGGUCUUUUUUCACAAAUGAAGAAACUAGAGGAAUUGGAUCUUUCGGAAAAUCUCCUUACAGAAAUUCCUAAUAAUAUCUCCCUUCCAAACUUACGAGUUCUCAACUGUGCUGCCAACCAGUUAGAGGAUGUGACAUCACUACAGCAGUUCCAGAAACUGGAGGAGCUGAGUUUUGAAGAUAACCUCUACAUGACUAUCAGUGAUAAUUAUAAGAUGAUGUUUCUUCUGCAAAAUCUCCAUCGUCUUAAUGGUAAAGAUGUGACAUCAACAGCCAAUCAUGUUAGAUUUGUGAACAGCAGAGAACUGGCCAGCAGGGUCACUGCAUACUGGCAAAAAAACUACAAAUCAAAAGCGGAGUCUCCUGAGACAGUAAAAGCAGUUGAAAAGGAGUUUGUGAAAUCAGCAGUUAAGCAAGUGAAAUAUGGCCCCAACUCACUGAGUGACUUCACUAAAUGGAGGGUGAAAAUGAUAGCUACUGAAUUUAUAGCAUCAUUACUGAAACCUGAGAAAAAGAUCUCUUUAGAUGUGGAAGGAGAAGAAGAUGACAGAAACAGUGCUAUUUCGGAAGGAAGUGACUCUGUAAAGAAAAAAGAUAGAAGUCAGCUGGAAAAAAGCUCCAGUUUGGUCACUUGUGGCUCAAAGAAGAAUAAAGAUACAGCUUGUAUCACCUUGGAUGAAAGUCCCAGAAAAAAGAAACGACUUCAGAGUUCUUACAGUUUCACAUCUAUGGGGGUCAAUCCAUGUAAUCCUCCACAGGUUCCAAACAUUGCUACACAUGUCCUGCUCCAAGAUUGUAACCUUGUACCAAGACUUAAGUCUGAGCAUCUGCAAUGCAAGAAAAGUACAGGUAGUUCAACCUCUGAGCUAAAAAAAGCCCCAGCCAAAGAAACAAGUGCAUCAUCUCCCAAAGUUUCCAUGCGAAUAAAAGCUAUGAAGGGGAGAGAUGGAAAAGAAGCACAGCCAAGAGAGGCAUUAAGAAAUGGGAAGGAUCAACCAAAUAAGCUGACAGCUGAUGCUGAGAAAUCCAAGCAAGGUGUAACCCUUCAACCAUUACACUUUCUUCAGUGCCACAGUAAGGAGAAUAAUCCAGAAGAUUUUAAAACUGCUCUCUGGUCUUGUGCUUUUGAACCUUUCCUCAGCCACAACCCAGACAAAAAUUGUGGUUCCACAUCAUCUCAGACAGCACCAGCAACAGUGGCUACUUGUGGAGGAGAUUCUGUUUGUUUGAUCGACUGUGAAACUGGAAAAGUGCUUAAAAAAUAUAAAAUCACUGGAGAGGAAUUAUUUUCAUUGGCUUGGACCACUCUGACAAUGAUAACAUCUGAAGGGCAGAAGAGAAAAUUCAAUGUACUGGCUGUGGCAGGGCGAAAAGGAAUUGUGAAACUCAUUCACACUCGCGCUAACAUUUGCUAUGGAGAAAUUAAAGCACACAAGAAGCCCAUUUCAACAAUUUGUUUUAGCCCGAAGCAAGAAACUUUCCUUUUCACGGGUUCUUAUGAUGAAAAGAUUAUCUUGUGGGACAUAGGUGUGCCAGACUGCGAUUAUACUUUCAGAGUCAGGCAACUCCUGGUUCUGGAAGCAGGUUCUACCACCCUUCGGAUUGUACCUGUUCCCAUUAAUCCUGACUGGUACCUUUUGACUGCAUGUGAAGAUGGCUGCUAUGCUUGGGAUAUCAACUUGAACAAACAACAGGGGAAAAGAUCAUUUGACCUGGAGUUCCAGUUCCCUGUUUUUCAGAAGGAGAAUGAAGAGACUGAUUUCCAUAUUGUGGAUGGUUUAUGUUUCUUGAAUGAUGAUGUUGUAGCAUCAAAAAGCUGUUUGCAAGGUUCCAUUUAUCUCUGGAGCUGGAGUAAGACUUUGGAGUCAAGACGGAAGAAACAAAGCAAGAAGGUGAAUGCUGUCAUUUUGGCAGAACUGGAGUGGGCAAGGACAGAUGUGCCAUAUAUUCAGAUUGCCUGCAGUUCAGAUAUGAAUUGCAUACUUUGUGGAGAUAAUACUGGAGCUGUUUGGAUAUAUGAUGUUGGUAAUCUUGAAGAUGCAGUUUCUUCUGGCAAACUAAUUACCCCUACAAAAAUUCUCAAGUGGCCAACUCCCAAAGUGAAAGGACAAGGAGACGUGUCCGGAGCAGUCAUUAACAAUUUAUGUGUAGACUCAAAGUUCAUUUACCUUGUCACACUGACUGACAAAAAUAUUGUCAUCAUCUGGAAGUGAACCUGAAAGAAACACUACAUCAGUAUAUUUUAAAAUGUGUUUUAAACGGAUAUGAAGAGAGGCAAUAGUGUGGACUGCCAUUUUUUUAUUUUUUUAAAGAAUGUUUUAUUCUUUUUAUUUUUGUACUGAGUAUUUUAUUCAGUUAUGCUGGAUUUUUUAUUUGACAUUCCAUGCAUACUUUUUUUCUUAAAUCGCCAGCUCAUCUUUACUGAGUGGACAAAUAAGCCACAGUUUAUUUUAUAACUUUAGUAAGUACUUGUAAAUAUUUAUGUGCAAAUUUUGACAAAUACAGUGAGCUUGAAAGGCAGCACAAUAGCAUUUUUACUUGUGAGAAAUAUUCUCCAUUGUCAACAAACCCCAAAAGUUCAAAAACAUCACCGUUUUGAUACAAAAUUAUGGUGAUGGUUCUUGUUUCUUUGGUUAUCACAUUUCAUAGCAUCCAUUAUUUUAAUUGUGUUUUUAUAACUGCUGUUUCUGGUUUCCAUUUAGAAUGUUGACCAUAGCAGUGAAGCGAGUCCUUUUUGGGUCUCUCUGCUAGUCUUUGUAUGAGAAAAUGUUUCUUAAACAUACUGAAGACCAGUGGUAUAGCUUGCAACAUUCAGUAUUAAUGAAAGGGAGCCCUCUACAGUAGUUAAUGAUUGGGAUUUCCACUUCUGAGGUUCGUUUUUCAUACAAGUAUUUUGAAUUUUUAGUUCUGCUAUUAUAGCGAUACACGUUUCCUGUAUCAUGGUGCUGUUGGCUACACGUUUCCAAAUUCUUUCUGCCAUUUCUGUAGUUUGUAUCUUGACCCUGCCAUUCGUUAUUGGAAAAUUCAUGCAGUCAGUUUGAGGUUUGUCUGCAGUCAUCAUGUUGUUUGACAGGACCCACAGUGGUGCUGCCUCUGUUGUCUAAGGAAAGACCAUAAUGUAAAAAAGUGCCGCAAAUGUCAGUUCUUUUUCCUGGCUAUUUGAAGGAGGGGAAGUAAAAAUCAGGGGCACCCUCACAUCUAAGGUGUCAGACAUGGAGGGUAGUUGACUCACGAAUCAGGCUGAUGAUCCUAAGCAUAGGCUGAGGAGGCUUGAGCCAGAACACAUGAAGAAGAUAAGGAGCGAGUCCAUAUGUCAUUCAAAUUCUCCACCAACUCCACUGAAAGGAUGGCUUCUGUCCCUUUGUUGAUGUGAACUCUUUCUGGAUUAGUGGAAUAUCAGCCUCAUGCCGUGCAUCUACCAGUGAUGAAGAAGAUGGUAGUAGUGAUGCUUCCCUUGUAGCAACCUUUGGAAUGAGGGCUGGAGCUUGGCAGUAUUACACAGUCAGUUGUAGAUGUGAGACUGGUUUGCCAGUGUGGGAUGGGCACUUGAAUCACCUGGCACAGUCUUUGAUCAAAUUUGAACUUCACAGGGCUUCUUUCAUCAUUGGUUUGGGCCUUGUCCUGCCACAGAGAGUGGAGGAAUGACCCAUUGUUCCUACUUUUGGUGAGCCUUCAGUCAUCCAUGAGGUAUAAGAUAUUAGAAAACACUUUUGUCUGUUGAUGGUAUGUGACCAAGGAAGUGUGGGUGCAUUCCAAUGGGAAAUGGUGUGUUAUUGGUACAAGUUCCAGCACAGGUUUAUUAAGGUGUGACAUAACUUUCGGCAUGUGCCUUCUCCCACACAGUGGGGCCUAUCCCCUGACCACCUCUGCUUUCUUCUAAUUACAAGGUGCAAACCUUUUUGGGUGACCACUUCUUAGUGGAUAUCCUCCUUAUACAAGUUUCUCAUGAGAUCUUAGAAGGCGUGUUAAAGAAAGUCAGUAAAUGAUUGCCAUUGAAAAGGGUCCCUGUGAAUUUGCACUAUUGUUUUAUCAUGUUUUCCUGUAGUACUGAAUUUGCAUGCAGGAGAUGUAGACUUUCCUUCAUAGUCCUUAAAAGCCUGUGUAAAUUAGGAUAACAGUUAAUGUUAAGUUGUCUAUCUCGCCUUCAUUCUUGCUGGAUGGGUUCGGAGCCGACCUCGGCUCCGA